GCAGUCCUGCAGUCCUGUCUGAUAGCGGCAGCCGUCAAGUAACACGCAUCAUUGUCUAUCCACAAAUGGGCCGUUAGAGCUACCAGAAGUCUUCCACCUUCCUGCAGCCAUCCGAACCUUCCAACCGCGCUGGGAGCCAACAACUGCUUCCCAAUUUUAACCUAAAAGCCUGUUGUACCUGAGAUCAUCGUUCCAUGUCUAGGUCACCAUUGUACAUCUGUGAGCGGUUUUCCACCUGAGGUCGGAGAAAAUGGCAGCAAUUCCAUCAAGUGGCUCCCUCGUCGCCACCCAUGAUUACUACAGACGGCGCAUCGGGUCUACCUCCAGCAACAGCUCGUGUAGCAGUGCUGAAUACUCAGGGGAGGUCAUCCCACACCACCCAGGACUUCCAAGACAAGACUCUGGUCACUGGUGGACCUCUUUUUUCUUUGCAAAAUCCGGAGCUGAAAACCAAAAAAAUGGAAGCUACACAGUGGCCAACGGUCAGGUGACCUGCAUCGCCAGGGAAAUGCUUCUGAAGCACCAACUCAGUGAAAACGGCGAAAUUGGAAAGUUUGAGCCCUCCAACCCCCCGCCUGCCUCCUCCUAGAGGCGCCUCACCCUCCUCCUCAACACCAACUUGCCAUCACAGUCCAGAUGGAGAUGAUGGUGGCGAUGAAGGAUUGCUUUUUUAGUAAAUAGUUAGCUUUUUUUUUUUGACUGUAUAGAUUCUUUCUAUGACGACCAAAAACAACUUGAGUGUUUUUCAUCUAUUUCUUCUUGUAAUUUGCUAAAAAUGAUAAUAAAAUGAUUGCUCUCA